UCGUGUGGUGGGCCGUCGGGCCUCAAUUUCCUCAUCCAGUUCGCGUGCGUUCCAUCCACUUUUUUUUCCAUUAAAAAAUUAAAAUUUAAAAUUUUCAUAAUUUCGAUUUUCUUAUUAAUUAGUCUUGAAGUUUUUAAUUUUUUUUUUUGUUAAACGAGAGUCUCAUAAUUUUCAAAGUUUCGAAAGUGUAACUCGUAAGGAAGUUUUCGCGAGACGCUACUUUUUGACGGUCCGGAAGUGUUUCUGGAUGUUGAAAAAUUAAGCACAAUAACUUGAACGCUAGUCCUGGGACACCUUUGGCACAUAUAGUAAAAAAACCAAAAGAAAUGUAGCGACUUAGGAACGAACAAACAUCAGAAAUGUCCCACAUAUACGAUAACAUCCCCUUAAAACCCUUCAAAAGGGAAAAAUAUGAGCCGGAACAAAAAUCUUCCUCAAAAAUAUCGACGGUACAAAAGAACCUAAGACAGGAGGAGCAGGAAGAGGAAAAAAGGCGUAAAGGAUCUGCCGAUUUAUUGAGAAGUUGCACUGGUCUAGUGCAAAAGAAGACGAAAUCUAAGAGUAUUUCCGAGAUGUUUUUCAGAGUACAAAACGGAGUGCCAACAGACGAAUUUGGCAGUAGUGAGACCAUUAAGGCGGAGAAAAGUGAGGAGGAUCUUAAGAAAGUUACUACAAUACAUUCGACCCCCACAUCGACCUUGGAUGAUGGCUACGAGUCUUCAAAUAGUACACCGUUGGUAUCGGGUAAAGGACGGACGAAGCACAGUAGCACCACAGCGAGCAUGGUAAUCACCUGCACUUUAAGAAAAAAAGAUCUGCAUGUCCAACUAGAAGAAGACGAGCACGAGUCGUUUGUUUUAUCCCCCACGUCCAGCCAGGCUGGAGAAGUGGAUCCGGAUUCGUUUACUGCCGAGGAUAACAGGGAAACUUGGGGAUCCAAUACCGAUUUUUUACUGUCCAUUAUUGGAUUCGCAGUGGAUCUGGCGAAUAUCUGGAGGUUUCCUUAUUUGUGUUAUCGAAACGGCGGAGGGGCAUUUUUAAUACCUUACACCCUGAUGCUGAUAUUCGGGGCCGUGCCCCUGUUUUAUAUGGAAUUGAUAUUGGGGCAGUUUAACCGGCAAGGGCCUAUUAGCUUAUGGAGGAUUUGCCCUUUAUUUAAAGGUGUAGGAUUUUGUGCAGUUCUAGUAGCAUUCUACGUCUCCUUCUACUACAACGUAAUCCUUGCAUGGGCCCUCUACUACUUGGGCAGCAGCAUAUCCGAAGAACUGCCGUGGGUCCACUGCAACAACUCCUGGAACACCGAGAAGUGCUGGGAAAUGAAGAACCUUAACGUCACCACUGAAGGUUUACUGCCGCAUAACGAGAACGUUACAAGACACACCAAACAUACGGCCGCCUUCGAAUUCUUUCAUCGAGCGGUUCUGGAAAUGCAAUGGAGCGACGGUCUCCACGAAAUGGGUUAUCCGAAAUGGCAACUGGUCGUUUGCCUGGUCAUGAUUUAUUGCUUACUAUACGUGUCGCUUUUCAAAGGGGUCAAGUCUUCUGGGAAAGUUGUAUGGGUUACGGCCACGAUGCCUUACGUAGUGCUUACCAUAUUGCUGGUAAGAGGACUGAUGCUUCCGGGGGCUUUGGGAGGCAUCUCUUACUAUUUGAAACCGCAACUGUCCAAGUUGAAGGAGACUCAGGUUUGGGUCGAUGCAGCAGUUCAGAUCUUCUACUCCGUUGGAGCUGGAUUCGGAGUUCAUUUAUCUUACGCAAGUUACAACACUUUCCAUAACAACUGUUACAGAGACUGUAUCAUCACCACUAUAGUGAACUGUUUCACCAGCUUCUUCUCGGGUUUCGUCAUAUUCACUUACCUGGGUUACAUGUCCUACAAACAGGGGGUGGAUAUUAAAUAUGUGGCCACAGAAGGUCCUGGCCUGGUGUUUCAGGUUUAUCCAGAGGCGGUCGCUACCCUUUCCGGAUCCAACUUAUGGUCCGUACUGUUCUUUUUCAUGUUAAUCAUGGUCGGAGUGGAUUCAGCUAUGGGGGGUUUGGAGUGCGUCAUCACCGGCCUUAUGGACGAAUUUUCGGUUUUGUUUAGGGAGAAAAAGUAUGCCAGGGAGGUUUUCACCCUCGUGGUUAUACUGAUGUCGUUCUCCGUGGCCCUAAUUAACGUUACACCAGGUGGGAUUUAUAUGUUUCAUCUCUUCGACACUUAUGCAGCGGGGAUAUCGUUGCUGUGCUCAGCGCUCUUUGAAACUGUCGCGGUGUCCUGGUUUUAUGGUUUGGAUAGGUUGAGCCAGGACGUGGAAGCCAUGCUCGGAAUAAAACCUGGAUUAUAUUGGAGGGUGUGCUGGAAGUUUAUCAGUCCCAGUUUUAUUGUGUGUGUAGUCAUGUUUGGACUAUUAUACCAUCCCCCACUGGUCUACAACGACUACUAUUACCCAAAUUGGGCAGAAUGGGUCGGUUGGGGGUUGGCUUUAUCAUCAAUUUUAAUGAUUCCUAUAGCUGCUAUUGUCCAAUUAUGUAAAACCCCUGGAUCAUUCAAAGAGAGAUUGGCCCUAUCAAUAUCCCCCGUAGAAGAACACGAAGACAUUAGAAGAAGUAAACUAGUAAGAAGAUUUAAGGCCAAACAUUGGCUGUAUGUAUAAAUAAUAUAAUAAUAGUGUUGCAUGUAAAAAAUUUUGUAUUUUAUAAACUUGUAUAUAUUUUAUAUUAUUUAUUUAAGAUGCUUAGCGGCAGUGCCUUCGCAGCUGAGCAUGUUAAAUUGUAAUUUAUAAAAUUAUUAUUAUUGUUACAUGUGUAAAUGUUAGGGAACAAGAGAGCUUGCCAAAUAUAUA